GCAAGCCAUCUUCUUCUUCCCCGGCCUCUCAACCAAGCAAAGGACCAACGGGACAACUAGGCUUGGCAUUUAGUACAUAACAGGGUAACGAAGGCAGCACCAGGAAGACCUCCAAACUCCGGCAACAGUCGACCAACAAUGGGCUUCAUCCACAGGGGGACCUCCAAGCAGAUCAGCAAGGUUAAGACCCUUCUAGGGCUUGCCUUGUCCCGCCUUACCGCUGCCCGCCGUCCCCGCCUCGCUCGCAGGUCGAUUUCCCGCAGCGAUGUGGGACAGCUGCUAGGGCUCAGCCACCUCGAUCGCGCUCUCCACCGUGCAGAGCAGCUCAUAGAGGAGGAUAACAUGCUGGAGGCAUUCAACAUAAUAGAGCUACACUGCAAUUGCCUCAUCGAGCACGCAAAGCAGUUAGACAAGCCCAAUGAAUGCGGCGAGGACAUUCGGGAGGCAGCCGCCGGGAUCAUAUUUGCAGCCGGGAGGUGCAGCGAUCUUCCAGAGCUGCUGUUUGCACGCACUAUACUGGCAAAUAAGUUUGGAGACGACUUCGCAACGAUGGCAAAGGAGGGCACUGGCGUCGUCGACCCCAUGUUGGUCUGGAAGCUAUCUGGCAACAAAACAAACAUGGAGGUCAAGAAAAAGGUGGUGAAAGAGAUUGCUGCCGAGAACAAUGUGUCGGUGGACUUCUCUGAGCUCCAAGAAGUGGUUGAGCAGGAUGGCAGCGGCAACGAUCCGCACCAUCAUUAGCUCAACCACGAAGCUAUAAACCAAACUGACAUGAAUGGAAGUUCAGAGUCAAACUCUUGGCAUUCUACCUCUCACAUGUUUCCAACUCGGAUGAAGCAAACAAUGGCCAUCCGAAACAAAAGAACAUGGAAGUGCGCACAAGAAGAUGAACUUUCAGAGCAUCCAGCUCAGAUGCAACAAGCCAGAAUGAGGAAAUGCUACGUUUAGCUUCCACACUUACCAAGUUAUGGGUGUGCACACAGCACACGUUAAAUCUGUAACUGUAAAGCAACUAACAAUGUCCAAUUACUUGAGUCAGCAAAACCUUCCAUUUCUUCAUGAACAGAUACAGAAGUAGCCAUCAGUGAUAUAAUCUACAUUAUACUGACCCUUCUUCUCCAAUCCAUCAAGUCUCUAAAAAGAGAAGUCCACUUUGCCACAGAAUUUACAUACAACCUAAUACAGGAUCUUGAUUGUAGCACCUGUUAAAAUACGUGAAAGAUCUCCACUUCAUGGGGUGUUUUGUGUUUUGAAGAGUCUUCGUGGAUACAUAUUUGUAAAAUCUACUUAUGAUGUACAUGCACUGCACUUGAUGGGUUAAUAUGAGAUCACUGGAAAUG